CGCCCCAAUGUACAGCAUGAUGAUGGAGACCGACCUGCACUCGCCGGGUGGGGCCCAGGCCCCCACGAACCUCACGGGCCAGGCCGGGGCGGGCGGAGGCGGCGGCGGGGGUGGCGGCAGCGGGGGUGGCAGCACCAAAGCUAACCAGGACCGAGUCAAGCGGCCCAUGAACGCCUUCAUGGUGUGGUCCCGCGGGCAGCGGCGCAAGAUGGCCCAGGAGAACCCCAAGAUGCACAACUCGGAGAUCAGCAAGCGCCUGGGCGCGGAGUGGAAGGUGAUGUCGGAGGCGGAGAAGCGGCCGUUCAUCGACGAGGCCAAGCGGCUUCGGGCGCUGCACAUGAAGGAGCACCCGGAUUAUAAGUACCGCCCGCGCCGGAAGACCAAGACGCUGCUCAAGAAGGACAAGUACUCACUGGCCGGCGGCCUGCUGACCGCGGGUGCGGGCGGCGGCGGCCCGGCCGUCGGCGUGGGCAUGGGCGUGGGCGUGGGCGCCGCGGGCGUGGGCCAGCGCCUGGAGAGCCCUGGCGGCCCGGCGAGCGGCGGCUACGCGCACAUGAACGGCUGGGCCAACGGCGCUUACCCGGGCUCGGUGGCGGCCGCGGCAGCCGCCGCAGCCAUGAUGCAGGAGGCGCAGCUUGCCUAUAGCCAGCACCCGGGCGCGGGGGGCGCGCACCCGCACCACCCGCAUCCGCACCCGCACCAUCCGCAUCCGCACCCGCACAACCCGCAGCCCAUGCACCGCUACGACAUGGGCGCACUGCAAUACAGCCCCAUCUCCAACUCGCAGGGCUACAUGAGCGCGUCGCCCUCGGGCUACGGCGGCCUCUCGUACGGCGCCGCUGCCGCCGCCGCUGCCGCCGCGGGCGGCCCGCACCAGAACUCGGCCGUGGCGGCGGCGGCGGCGGCGGCGGCCGCGUCGUCGGGCGCCCUGGGCGCGCUCGGCUCGCUGGUCAAGUCGGAGCCGAGCGUCAGCCCGCCGGUCACGUCGCACUCGCGGGCGCCCUGCCCCGGGGACCUGCGCGAGAUGAUCAGCAUGUACUUACCCACCGGCGAGGGCGGCGACCCCGCGGCGGCUGCGGCGGCAGCGGCGGCGCAGAGUCGGCUGCAUUCGCUGCCCCAGCACUACCAGGGCGCCAGCUCGGGCGUCAACGGCACCGUUCCCCUGACGCACAUCUAGCGGCCCGAGCCGAGCGGCGGUCGUGCCGCACUCGGACGGCCGCGGGAAGUGGGCGCCGCGACAGCCCGCGACGAACCGACCGACAAACUUGGACCUCGCGUCUGGUCCCCGCCCCGGCUCUGUACCCGGGGCCGCCGCCCCACCCCCAAACUGGCCUUCCUUUUUGUACAGAAUGUUUUCAUGUUCUUGUAAAAAUGAAAAUAUUGAUGAGGAAGAGAAGGUAACCGUUGCUCUACUUACCUUUUUAGAAGCUCCUGAGGACUACUAGCUGUUAAAACAAGUUUUGCGUUUUAGACUGAACUUCGGUGUUUUCUUGAGACUUUUUGUACAGUAUUUAUCAUUCAUGGAGGAGGCGGAAAGCAUUUGCUAAAGAGGACAAAAAGACAAAACAAAGAUAUAGGCAAUGCCAACUUUUAUAUAACCGCUGGAGCAUUAACUUUCAUCCUCGCAUCGUUUCUUUAUGCCUUUUUUUUUUGCCUAAGACAAAGUGAUGGGGAGCAGUUCUCAUUUGUCAUAAAUGUAGUAAGACAGAUGCAAACACUUAAAAGUUUUUUUGUAGUUGUUACAAUUUUUUUUCUUUUGGUUUCUUUGUUAAUUUAUACAAAGAUUUUUUCCUCCUUCAGACUGCGACGUUACAUUGUAUCUGAAAUUUUCCUUUUUUUUUUUUUUUGGUUUUGUACUAUUUCUUGUAAAUGCGUUGUGAGAUUUUUAUUUUAGGUGUUGCGGUAUGGGGGAGGGAGAUUAAGAUUAUGUAUAUAGUUUCCUAAAAAGCCUUUCUUCUAAAAACGAUAAAAAGAGCCCCUCUAAAGAUGCAUUGAAUUUUGAGUCAAUAAAUUUAAAAGAGAAAAAAAAAAAAACCCCUGUUUUUUCCAUAAAUUUGAAACGUGCUAAUUUCAUUUGCAUGUUUUAUGACCUCAAAAUGCAAUUAGUAAAUCUGGAGGAGAGAAAGAUAAAUUAUCAGCAUGAACUAAAAACGGACCUCCCGGGGGAAUGAGGGCAGAACUUUCCCGGAGCUUUAUUAAAUGGAAAGGAAGAAAGUAAAACUCGAUACACGGUUAGGGCGAGAUUAUUUUCUAUAGUUUGCCGCGUUAAUACUAAAUGAAAAAAAAUUACAAAAUUGUUUUUAUAGUUUGGCCUCCCGAUUUGCUUGUUUUAAACUGUGGGCCUCGACAGCGAGGUUUAGAGUUUCCUUGCUGUGGAGCUUUGCGUCCUCAGCCUGGUCUUGGGUCUGCGCGGCAUUUUGUUCUGGAGGAAGGUGGAGGAGGGGACCAGGCCAAAGAUGGGGGACGAAUACCACCGCUGGGGUUCUGGCGCCCCCAAUUCCUCUGUAGUUAACAAGAUCGCAAGCGGAAUUGAUCCGAAUUUGGCUCAAGGAAACACAAUAUUAGAACCAAAAUGUACUGCCACCGAGCCCUCUCAAAUCCAUCCAAGCCCCUCCCUCUGGUUUCUUCCUCCUUGGGAAAGGGCAGAAUAAUUUUGUAGGGGUUUCACACGCAAAAACUCGACCCCCGCCUUGCGGUGAACUGGGAUGCAAGUUGCUAACCAAUGUAAAAGCAAAAUGCCGUGUUUAUUAUUCCUGAUGAGUUCUUGAGGUUGUUUGAUGCUUUAAAAAUUUUUGAAUAUAUUUUUUUCUAGGCGUUCAUUGGCACAUUGCGGAAUUUCAAGUUUUCUGUAAAACUUUGUCUUCAAGUAAUCGGACAGCAUUAAAUAUUGCAUUUAAAAUUGAUACUGUAGCAAAUACAUUCUGAAAUUAGUCACAACGUUAGAAUGAAAUUACAUUUUGGAAAAAAAAAAUCCUUUUAAGUCCACAUAGGAAUAUGUUGAUUUCUGCAGUUUUAGGCUUUCCUCCUCAUUGUCUUAACAUCUUUUUUUUGUCCUGGAAUAAGUAUGGAUAAUGGAUUAUCUAUCUAAAAGUGGGCAUAUGUUAGCUGGUUAAUGAGA